CUAAACAGAGCAUUCCUUAUCCUUAUCCGUAUCCGUAUCCGUAUCCGCAUCUAUAUCCGUAUCCGCUUUAUCUGUAACGAUGAAUUCGCUGUGGCAUUGGGCGGCAAUGUUGCUCUUUAUCCUGUUGCUUCAACUGUCGAAUGCCUGGAUGAAGUACAAUAGCUACACGGCAACGAGCAAAAAGCGCACGGAUCUUCGACGGAAGUGUCCAAAUGUGCGCGCCAUAAGGAACUUUGAUGUCGAGCUAAUGAUGGGCAACUGGCACGUGGUGGAAUAUUAUGCAUCUACCGAGGAGCUGCCUGAAUACGCUUGCAUGCGCAGCAAUUUUGCCUUCUCGAGCGAAGAUCAGCAUCAUGCCUAUCGAUUGCAGAUUACGAUGAAUUUUAGUUACAUUUUCGCAGAGGAUCCACUACGCGAAAAGCUGCAAGGCAAUAUUACGUGGUUAAUACCGGACUUUGGCACACCGGGUCAUUGGAUGCAUACUGAAGAUAUAUAUGAGGGCAUUUACAACACCUAUGUGCUGGAUACGGAUUAUCACAAUUGGGGUCUUAUUAUGCACUGUGCCGAGAAGAAGAAGCAUCCGCGUUAUUUAUCCGCAUUGUUGCUCUCACGGGAAGCGACGCUGGGCGUCAAUGUGGUAACCUUUUUGAAAGAGAAAUUGCCGCGGUACGAUAUUGAUUUAUCAUUCAUGUUUCCCAUAAAUCAAACAUCUUGCGAGCAUCUGAUGGAGUCGAGUAAAGAUGAUCCGCUAGCUUAUAUUGUGAACGAACAGCAGCACACCCAAGAUACCUUUAAAGUAAUCAAUAAACUUGAAGAUAAUUAAUUCAAUAAUCAAUAC